AUAGUCGAGAGUUUACGGAAAUAGCCGAUUGCCACGUUAGCAAGCGUUUCCAGUCGCAAAACGUUACCUGAAAGUGUGAGAGAGCUUGUUUCUCUCCUGUUUCUAGUGAAAUUAUGGACUUCAAACAGCUUGUGAUUUUGUUCUGUGUGAUAUGUGUUGCUAGGAUUGAUGCCAUCAGAUUUCACUUAGGUUCAAAGCAGCGAAAAUGUCUCCGCGAAGAGAUCCAUAAAGACGUGUUGGUUACCGGCGAUUAUGAAGUUCAAGAGAACGGACAACGCGCAGAUUUGUCGGUAACAGAUUCGAAAGGCCACAUUCUGUAUUCUAAAGAAGAUGCCAAGAAAGGCAAAUUUGCCUUCACCACAGAGGAAUAUGAUAUGUUUGAAGUUUGUUUUGAAAGCAAACCUGCAGGAGGAGUUGUUGGACCAGAACGUGAAGUAUACCUAGAGCUGAAACAUGGUGUAGAAGCCAAGAGCUAUGAUGAGCUUGCCAAGGCAGAGAAACUGAAGCCACUUGAAGUAGAGCUGAGGCGCCUCGAAGAUCUGUCAAAAUCAAUUGUUGAUGAUUUUGCUUACAUGCGUGCUCGUGAAGAGGAGAUGCGUGACACUAAUGAGUCAACACAUUCCCGUGUCAUGUAUUUUAGCAUCUUUUCCAUGUGCUGCCUUUUGGGUCUUGCUACCUGGCAGGUCCUGUACUUGCGUCGUUACUUUAAGUCUAAGAAGCUGAUUGAAUGAUGUUGCCUUAGCCAAUUAAGUUACUCAAAUGUGGGUGUUGUGCACAGUUUCUGCAUGUAGAUUGUUCUUUGCUGGAAAAGUUUUUUUUAAACUCAAGUAUUUUGUUAAGUGUCUUAAAUAAUAGGUUGGUUUGUUUGCAUCUCUUGGUAGAAGUGUUAAAAUGAUUGAACUGAAAUAAGGCCAUGGUUAAUAGCAUCUUAGUCUUUAUUUUUACUGGGAGAUCCUGUGCACAACACACAAUCUGCCUAGGGGACAACAGAGUAUAAAUCAUUGAGGUGAGAGAGUGGAUUUUGUUUGUGAUAUGUUUGUUGAAGUGUGCACGUGUACAGUUGCAAGUAUUUGUUAGGUGAUCUGUAGUUCUGGAGUGGGUGAAAGUGUUCAAAAAUUUGGGUGGUGCUUUGUAUAUAUUUAAACAUUAUUUUUUUUCUUCUAUGAAUUUUUUAAUUCUCUGUCAUUGCUGGCUUCAUGAAUAUGAUUAGUUUUUGUCUAAGUGCCAUGCUCAUCAGUGAUAGUGAUGGUUUAAGAGAAGUAGGCUACGCUUUCAAAGGAAGCUUCAUAAAAAUGUGUCUAGUAUUAAUUACCAGGGCUGACAUCAAAAUUGAAGAUCAAUGUGCAAGUAAUAAAGUUGUGAGAGUGUCCACUUGCAGAAAGAUUGACUUCUUGAAAACCAUAAUCAGCAGCACUCACAUUGCCCAUCAGGCCUAUGCUAGUUUAAUGUUUCCCAGCUAUGAAAGCAGAUCAUAACAGCAUGGUAGUAAAUUUAAUAUUUUUCAGGAGUAAAAGGUUCACUUUUUUCCAGAAGUUCCUUUGUUGUUCUGAAGUCAACUAUGCAAAUUAGUAAUGUUUACAUUAAACAAAGCAUGUCAAAGUGUAAUAACUUUCACUCAUGAUCUCAGUAAAUAGUUUGCUCCACUACCUUCCCCUCAAAAAAGAGAGAAACCAGUGCUGAGCAGAAAAGGAUGAUUUUUAAAUAUAUAGAUACGUGUAAUGAUGUUUGAAGACAAUUAUUUAUUUCUUUGUUAAGCACAGUGCAUGGAUAUAAUUUCAGAUGGUAUUGUUAAAUUUCACUUUCCUGGUAUCAAGUCUUAGCAGCACUUUUUUUUCAUUAAUAUUUCUGGCAUUGUUGAAUGUGAUGUUUUGUCUGCAAGAUGAAAAAUGGUAUUGCUUGAUUGCUUAUAAAAUGGAAUAAAUUUUUGACAUAA